AUGGACGAGAACAACAACAAUAAGGAGAACCAGCAAGUUGAUCCGGACAACGAACACAUCCAGCUAAAAGUGAGAUCACCAGACGGCUCGGAAGUGUAUUUUAAAAUAAAGAAGAAGACGAAGUUGGAGAAACUGAUGAACACGUACUGCAAUAGAUUAGGACAAUCGCCGGAAGCAGUGCGAUUCCUGUUCGACGGAGACCGCAUAAAGGGGGAUUCGACUCCCGAGGAGUUGGGAAUAGAAAACGGGGACAUUAUAGACGCAAUGGUCCAGCAAACAGGAGGGUGGAGUUAG